AUGAGUUUCAAUUACAUCGCAACGACAUUGAUCAUUAUCAAGAAUGAGGCGUCAGUGAGCAGCAAGGACGAGGCGGACAUGAGCGAGCCCUCGUGGCCGGCAGCCGACGCCGGAGCCACGUCGCAGCUCAGCCUGGCCGGCCCAGCGGAUAGCAUGCGCCACGGUCCCAACAUCGCCGGCAACAGGGAGGACGACGAUGAUUCAUCGUCCGAGAGCGGCAGCGGCCUUCCCACCCUGACGCCUCCGUCGUCCUCCUCGGCCGCCGCCGCCGCCGCCAGGGAAGCCGAUGUUGUCAACGGCAACUGUGGCCCCGCCCCGCUCGACUUCAGCGCGUCCUGGUCCUCGUCUUCCGAGGACCAGCAGAUUGCGAACCUGAGCGAGCCGCCCCCUCAGAAGCCGCCGCUGGGCCCUUCUCACCUGCCCGUCACCGUGUCGGCGGCGGCGGCGGCCCUGCUCGGCGCCCUGCAUCCGGCUGUGUCGGAGGAACUGCGUAGGAAGUACCCGCUGGCCGCUAAAGCUCCGCUGGCGACGCACCCUGCCUUGCCGGUGCCCCGUUCGCACAUCCCGCGCGGGCACGCCUCGCUCGGCAGCGAUCUGCGCCUGGAGCGCGACUACGGCGGCAAGUCUCCCGUGUACACUUCCGGCGGCGGCUACGACAGCAUCAAAACGGAGCCCGGCGCCGAGGACCUGAGCGCCGGCCGUCUCGGCGCCCCCGACGACGACGACGACGAGCACGACGAACACGACGACAGCGACAAGAUCAACGACGCGGAGGGCGUCGACCCGGAGCGCUUGAAGGCCUUCAAUAUGUUUGUGCGUCUGUUUGUGGAUGAGAACUUGGACCGGAUGGUUCCCAUCUCCAAGCAGCCCAAAGAGAAGAUUCAGGCCAUCAUUGAGUCCUGCAGCAGACAAUUUCCAGAAUUCCAAGAACGCGCCCGCAAGCGCAUUCGCACCUACCUCAAAUCCUGCCGACGCAUGAAGAAGAAUGGCAUGGAGACCCGUCCCACCCCGCCUCACCUCACCUCCGCCAUGGCGGAGAACAUCCUGGCCGCCGCCUGCGAGAGCGAAUCUCGCAACGCCGCCAAGAGGAUGCGCCUGGAUGCCUAUCAGGAUGAGCCGAUCUCGCUGGACAAAGCGUCCAGCGGUAGCGGCGCCGCCACGAGGGAGCCGGCGUCACUUGUUCCCUCCGCCUACUCGCUGGCCGCGUCCGCCUUCUCCAACCAAGAGCCGCAAGUUUACAUCAACGGCGCCGGGCUCAACUACGGUUACCGCGGCUACCUGGGCGGCGCCGUUUCCCUGACGACUGGCGCCGCCGCUCAGAGCAACGGCCCCACGGACCUCAGCAUGAAGUCGCUCCCGUCGGGCAACGUGGCCACCGCCGCCAACCACUGUCUGGGCGGGCGGGGCGGGGCUUCGGCCCAACUCAGUCAACCGGAGAUCGCGGCCGUGCGCCAGCUGAUCGCCGGAUACCGGGAGUCGGCGGCCUUCCUGCUGCGCUCUGCCGACGAGCUGGAGAACCUCAUCCUUCAGCAGAACUGAAGUGGCCAUCUUCAGUCCAGGAGAAAAGUUUGAAGUGGACUAUUUGUAACAAGAGGUUCUGCCUCACAAUCAGCUCGAGCCUCCGAUGAAGAGCGACUUUGCCGAAGCUCCAGCAGCCGCUCGAGCACACGGGCUUGUACAUAGAAGCACUUAUCCCGCUAACUAACCUUGCCGCUACUUCAUAUGCACCUCGGGCGCCCGUUGACCAGAGCAGGAAAUACCUCAAUCAUCCGCUUCCUGCCCCGCUGCUGUAAAUACUCAGCUGAAGAUGCGGAGGAUGAUGACACGCGUGUCCACUGUUUGUGUGCGCUAAAUGCUAACCACUACUCCUUUAUUACCUCUUACGCUAACACGGUCGUCACAUCACUUCGGAUCCUCGUCCGUCCAUCCGUCCGUCUCUUCUCGAUGGACCUAAAGCUCCUGCAGGCCUCCUCCGCUGGGAUAUUGCUGCUAGAACGAGAGGCGGCGGGCGCUUCAGACAUGGACACCCGCCAGACCUCACAAAUGGCGACGAUGACAGACCACCAAAAGCUUUCUCGUGUUACGUGUCUUUGUUUGGACGAAUCGGCAACAAGUCGCUACAUCUACGUUAUUGGCCGCCGGGCGUUGUCCGGAUAAGCCGACGAGCGGCCUCGGUUUGUCGCGAGGAGAAACGUUAGCUUAGCUUAAAGUUGUAUGAUUUGAUUUUCAAACAGUCGGCCAUUAACCCGUUGGUUUUACAUUGUACAGCAAGUUGGCUACGUGAUUAGAUGUCACUAACGUCUGCCGUCUUACAAGAUUGAAUGAGCUUGGUCCGUGAGCAGCCUUGUUUUGUCGCGAGGGGAACGUUAGCUUACUUUAAAGUUCACUAAUACGGAUCAGUCAGUGAGCAACCUUAACUUGUGAGGCCAAAGUUGGUUGAACUUAAAGUCGUUUCAAAUUUGUUUUGAUCAUUUUUACAGCUAUCUUUAAGUCUAACCUUGGUACUCUCAUUGUCCUCUCGCGUCAGCAUCGGGCUAAAGUUAGCUUGGCUUCAAAAGGUAUCGUUGAAAACAAAUUUGAAACGUGUAGACACAUUGUACAGCCAGUCAUCAAAGCAACAUAACGUUGUCUUCUCAAAGUACAAUGCCUUCCUAUGGAUAAGAUGGGCUUAUGCUCACAUAAGCUAACUGGUGGGAACAAAUAAGGUGGCCAUUUUGCUAUGGGAACAAAUAAGCGUCAAUGGAGGUGGCCAUUUUGCUAUCGGGCGAAUUUGGGUUUAACAUUGAGCUUUUUUUGGUUCUUUUGGCUAAAAAGACAAAACGAUGUUGCCCCAAGCCCAGGGCUAUGAUAUUAAUACGCUGCCUUUGCACUUAACUAGUUUGCGUCUUUUUUUCAUCUGGAUUUCAGUCGUGAGGAGGUGGAAAAAACAUUCUCCUUUGAUCGAAUCCAACAUCGAUGUUGCUUACCAAGGAGUCAUCCAUCCCUAGGUCGCACGAAGCGAAGAUAACAAAUCGGAAAAUGAAAGUUGUGACACAAAGCUGACACUUUAUGCUUACUUUUGAGUUUAAUGUGCGAAAACAACAAUUACAAAAGUGAACUGAAGGGACCGAUGAGAGGAUUUCAAAGAGCGACUUGUUUCCGACCGUGAUGUUUUUAUUUUGUGGUGGAAAGGGGGCAGGUGGUGUGCGCGUCGCACUAGCUUUUGUGAUUUUUUUAAAAAAAAUAUUUCUUUUACACAAUGCAGCUGAUAAUCACACAAUUAAGUUAACAAUUGCGAGAGCAAAGAGAGUUAACGUGACUUGUUGGCUUUGUGGAACAUUCCCGAUUUGAACUGUGAAGAAUGUUUUUGUUAUGGUUUGAUUUUUUUUUUUUUCACAAAUAUGCAAAAAAAAGAGGGGCGAACGAGGAAGGAUGCGAUCAAGUCACACGAUCCGUGCGACACUGCGCUACAAUCAGGUUCGAAAGGUUCCAAGCCAGGUGUCGGGAAAAUAUGGCCUGGGGACGGAUAUGCUAUGAUCCGUUCUUUCAUUCUAAUAAUAAUCGGAAUGAUUAAAUUGGGGUUAAAUUGGUUGAUUGGAAGAAUCGUUUUAUUAAAGAAUUGCUACGGCAUUGAAUUAGUGAAGCCAAAAGAAGACGUUUGAUUUUGAUUCUAUUUUACAUACACAUUUACAUUGGUUUCCACUAAGGCAAACAUAAAAUAACCAGCAAAGGACAAUCUUUGCCAAAUUCUAAAUUGCUGUUUCCAAUCGAAUUUUUACGAGUAAACUCCACCUCCUGAUGCCAGAUUGUUUUUUAUUUCCAAAAUCAACUUUUUUUAAACAAUCUAUUUUUUGUAUACAAUGUUCGACAGUGUUUGCAUUCUGAAUUGUUGCCCAGCUGCAGCCCCCAUCCCAAGGAAAAAAACAAAAAAAACUUCCUUACUAUUUGAGUUGAUGUCAUUCAAUAAGUCCAUCUCAAACUUAAUCAUAGAAAAGACGGUUCACAAACCUAGUGAGCAAUGGGACAACAUAGUGAGCCUAGUGGUUAACACCUUUGUCUCAAAGUUGAUGGGUUCUGGGUUUGAAUCUCAGCUUCGGACCUUCUGCCUGCAUGUUCUUCUCCCUGCAUGGGUUUUCGCUAGGUCCUCCAAAAACAUGCACGCUCGCUCUGCCAAUUGAACACUCCAAAUUGUCCAUGUGUUAAAUGUGAGCGUAAAUGAUCGUUUCUUUCCAUGUGUCUUGCAAUUGGCUGUCAACUAGUCCCAGGGUUGACAUUGGUAACACAUCAUACUGCUAGUCAGUCAAUACAUCUGGCCAGAAAGUCAUGUGAAAGACUCUAAAUUGCCCAUAGGUGUAAAUGCUCAUUUUGUGCCCUGCAAUCGAUCGAUUGGCGACCAUUCCAGGGUGUACUCAGCGUCUUGCCCAAAGUUGAUUUGGAUAGACUCCAGCUCUCUGAGGACACAAAUACAUUGGCCAGCUAUUUAUCACUGACUGUGUUACACGUUCGUGUCAUGGAUACGUAUCUUUCUUUCUUUCUUUCUGCUGUGUUCUGGAUGAUGAUGACGAUCUGAAUCGCUCGCUUGGCCUCGUUUCACUCAGCGCAAGUGUGAUGUUUACAUGUACAGAACUUCAACUUCCCUCGUAUUCACUGAUUUUUCUCCGAACCCCCAACAACACCCUCCAACAAUGAAAAUGGGAAGAACAACAUAGAAAUAACAGCUGGAAGUCGUUCGUGUUUCUUCACCUCUAUUUAUUUGUUUGUCUAUUUUCUGAACCCUACCGAUCUUUGCAAACAGCUCUUUAACAUUGAACCUGAUGUGAUUCAUGUUAAGCUGCUCACUACAUCUCACGAGUCUGAGUUAGGGAUACUAACCGCUUGUUAUUGUUUCGACAGAGGUCACUGAAAGGAUGCUAAUAGAUAGCAUUUAGCCAUGUGUGACUUAACAGAUCCUAAGAGUUUGCUGUCGUGUAAUCAUGCAUUAAGAUAGGGUCACGCUAACUGCUUGCUAACAUUUAGCCAAAAGUCGCAGAACCGUGUGACUACGUAACCAAGUGAUGCUAACUGCAGUUAGCAUUUAGCCAUAGCUGUCUGAGGAGUCGUUUGUUAACGUUACAAAAAAACGUCUGUCAAAAUGCUGAUUAUAAAUGAAAUGGCCACAUCAACCUGAGUACACCGCAUCAGGAAGUUUAGAAUUUGGAUGACGACAUGGUCGGUCCAAAGUUGUUUUGAGGAAUUAAAAAAAGGAGGCAAAAAUCAAAUUGCUUGAGCAGGCCAACGUUUUGAGACGUCACUGGGUCACCGUGAUGUUUCAAAUGUGGAUACUAUCCCCUAAAAACUAGCGUGAAUGCCGAUUGGUGAGAAGAUCCGUGUGGGUAGUAGAAUAGGUCUUUAAGCGGUCGAUUGGCGGAUGGAGGAUUUUAGAGGCAUCUGACGGGGUCAUAACAUCUAGCCAUAAAUUGCAGAGGUUGUGCCAAUCGUUUUUUUACUGACUAAGUGAUGCUAACUGCUGUUGGUAUUUAGCCACAGGAUACAUGCCCUCUGUUUGCAUUUGCUAGCUAGCUAGCCAAACGGCUUCUCAACGAGCACACCCGCUUAUCCAACGAGAGCCCCAACCGAUGUAGUUUUGCAGAUAAAUAAAUAAAUACAGAUUUUGGUUCUCUUCAACAUCUGGCUAGCGUCCAGCUAUGCAUCAGUUAGACCUAACCGCUUGGGCCACCGAGGGAAGAAUAAUGGUGCAUUUCUCGACAGUUCUUGACGAAAGGAUACAAACGGGUUGCUAGCGUCUAACCGUGCACUGUAUACAUUAGGGAUUGUCAAUGCCUUUUAGCAUGAAGCCAUAGGAAUUUGCCCAUGUGUGUGCUAUUAAUGCUAUUAACCCCAUUCAUUCAUUUUGGAUGCUAACAGCUAGUUGGGUGCCAGUUGUGGGUGAACAAAUGAAACAAGAAGCAUCUUUCAUUAUUAUUAUUUUUGGUUGGAGGGGCUCAGUUGUGUAGACGCUCAUACACACACACACACACACACACACACACACACACACACCGAUGGAUGGGUGUGAGAGAAUGAAAAGCCAUUGAGACCCACUUUGGAGGUCUAUUCGUAUAUUUAGCGAUCGAGAAGGGUGCAGACGACACACGUCAAUCUCAGGAAACAAAAACAACACAAAGUUUUGUACAGACUCAUUUGCUGCCCUCUUUGAUACCAUUUUCUAUUUAUCGUCUUUCUCGGUUUCAUACAGCAGUGGACCUAAUGUGUUCAUAUAUGUAAAUGAGACUUUAUGUUGUGUUUUGUCAAAGAGAACAUAUCACGUCAACAAUCUAACGGUGACUUUAUUUUCAAUGUGCUGUCACUUGGAACGUUUUGUUUUUUCUUCGGACCUCCUGAAAUGUACAACACAAAGUUAAAUAUACUAAUGGUAAUAAAAAGUGUC